GGCAAAAACUGUACCCUUCUCACCUCCUUCCCUCAGGAGACAGCUCACUGCAGAAUGAGUCCGCACAUUGCUGCCAGAGUGGUGGUGGUUGGUGCUGGUCUAGCAGGCUUAUCUGCAGCUUCCACCCUGGUGAAAGCUGGCUUUCAGCACAUCCAAGUCCUGGAGGCUAUGGGCAGGCCUGGAGGCCGGAUCUACACCACAAGACCCUUUGGCCAGAAUGUCAUUGAGCUGGGGGCCAACUGGAUCCACGGUCAGGAGGCUAACCCUCUCUUCCUGCUAGCCCAGGAGCGGGGCCUGCUGCUGGAGGAGAGAGGCUCAGCCAGCAUCAUGUGCCUGCCAGGCUCCGUCACCCCUAGGGACUAUUUCUUCCGGGAGAGCGGGCGACAGCUGACGGUGGACGAGGUGGAGCAGGUAUGUUCCUUCUUCAGCGGGCUCACCUCCAGGGCCUUCGGAUCAGAGCUGGAGCCAAGGCACAGCAGUCAGAGCCUGGGGGGCUACCUGGACGAGGAGUUCGCCCAGUCACCCCUGGCGGCCUCGGAGGAUGGCCAGAGGGUCUUCGAGUGGUGCAAGAGGAGCGAAUGCACAGAUGAGGCCAGCUCCUCCCUCUAUGAGGUGUCCGCCUCGCAGCUGGGUCACUAUGUGGCCUUGGAGGGGGGCUUCUUCAAUUCUCUGGGCCCCGGGGGCUAUCAGGCCCUGGCAGACACACUCUUGGACAACCUUCAGCCUGGAGCUGUGCUGUGUGACAGGCCGGUACACAGCAUCCACUGGGGCCUGCAGGAGGAGAAGAACCACACCCAUCCAGUCAGAGUGCUGUGCAAGGGGGGCCAGUGCUUCACGGCAGACCAUGUCAUCGUGACCGUCCCUUUAGGCUUCCUGAAAGAGAAUGCGGCGGCCAUGUUUGAGCCAGCCCUCCCCAAGUCCAAGGCCGAUGCCAUCGAGAGACUGGGCUUCGGCACGGUGGACAAGAUUUACCUGCGGUUCGAGGACAGGUUCUGGCCCCACGACUGUGCUGGGAUCCAGCUGGUGUGGGACGCGGGGCCGGAGGAUGAGGAGGUAUACCAGCACUCUCGGUCAGAGGGUGGGGCCUGGAGAGACAUGUGGUAUAAGAAGAUCUGUGGCUUCGACACGGUGGCCCGCCAUCCCACAGUCCUCUGCGGAUGGAUUACAGGCCGGGAGGCCCAACACAUGGAGAGCCUGGAAGAGAAGAUGGUGGGAGAGGUGUGUGUAAGGUGUGUAUCACAUCUGCUUAUCAAUCAGGUGCACAGGUCAAAGGUUCAAUAAUUGGGUGUGUGGGAGAGAGGUGUGGCCAUCAUAUCUCAUCACUGAAAUAUGUGACAUUCAUGUUGAACCUUUCACCCUGUCUUUAAGGUGGUGUCUGUAGAUGGCCUCAGAUUCCAUGCUUUUAUACCCUUAAACGCCCUACAAUGGUUUACCACACUAAUAUUUAAGGACAUUUUAAUCUGCUAUUGUUUUGUGCUUGAUGCCAAAGGUGAGUUUUUAAAGAAAACAACCUAUUUUGCAGCAUUCAAGCAUGAGCUAUUGCUCACCAAGCAAAAAAACUGUGAGAAUGCAUGCAUGAAGAAUUAAAUCAGAAACACACACUGUCAUCACUUUUGAUUAUAUUAUUAGUCAGCUAUUAUUUUGGCAGACUGUAUUUGCAUGUUCAGGAUGAGUAACAAUCAGGCUUGUGUUUUGACAGACUGCUCAGGUCCUUCACUGGCUGGUCAGUACCAGAGCCAGCCCAGGUCCUGAUGUCCAAGUGGGGGAGUGAGCUUUUUGUCCGUGGGUCCUAUACGUACCCCCCUCCAGGAGUGGACGCUGUGAGGGAACACACAGCCCUGGCAGCCCCUCUUCCUCUGCCCUGUGAGGCUGGACACUCACAGGCAAAGGUACAGUACAUGACGUUCACAACCCUUCCUGAACUCACAUGAUUCUGACAACAACUUGAAUGUGUAGUUGGCAACACUUUAAAAUGAAGAUAGAAAUAUGCUUAAUGUUACUAGAAGCUAACUGCUCAUUAUUGCAAUAACUAAUAUCUUUGUCAUACCUACUUCCUAAUAACAUGUUAGUAAGCAUGUACAGUAGUUUGACAUGGCUGAUAUUGGUACACACACAGUCAAGUUUGUAAGACUAUGAACCAGUGAUAUGUCUCUAAGUUAGCUAACUUGCCUUUGAGACGGCAUCAAUUAAGCCAUUUUAUCACUCAGAAUGAUCUCAGUCAAUGUUAAUUUUAUGGUUGGCAAGCUGACCCUUAAUCAGAGUUUAUGGAGAAGAUAUUUCCGCUCAGUAUCUGCAAUUGAAGCCAAGAUCAUAUACCAAAUACCAACAGAGUUGGCGGUGCUUUGUAGACUGUGACCUCUUUUUUUAACAAUGCGUUGUAGAAUUGCAUAAUAUACACACGUGAUUUACGGUAAAGAUAAUACUCAGGGACCAAAGUUUGUGUGUUAGUCAGUCCUGGGGUCAAUUCAGUUUUCAAUUUAGUCAGUUAAUUCAGUGAAUUAAAAUGAUAUUCAUGAAUUGGAAAUUGUCCAUUGUUUUCUAUCAAGAUUUUUCAAUUCAUGAAUAGAAUUUCAACUUACUCCCUGAAUUUAAUACUGAAUUGAUCUCUACUCUGGUCUCUGUCUGUUCAGCCUCUUCAGGUGCUGUUUGCUGGCGAGGCCACCCACGUUAGCUUCUACACCACCACUCACGGGGCCUACAUGACAGGCAUCAGAGAAGCACAAAGACUCAUUGACCUUUACACCGAGAAGGAGCCCGAUUCCUAUAACUAGUGAUACACAAAACGCCUAAUUACUAAGAACUCCAGCUUCACAACAGGUUACUGAUACUGAUGAAAUUACCAUGAAUUGUGAUUGAUAUCUAGUACGCAGCUGCUUGAAAUCAUUAGAAUGUCACCACUAUGGAUUCAGCUGUGGACUUUGGUCUCCAUCAUGCGAUUGUGUUAAAGUUGAAGUGCAUUGUAGUUGUAUGUCUCGAUAUCAGUCCUUUCCUUUAGGGAUUGGUUAACAUACUAAUACUACCUCACUCAUAAUGUAAUGACCUCGUUCCUUCUUUCAUGUAAAUUGAAACUGUAGCUGUAAUUCAUUGACACCUUUUUAUUUUUAACACUAAUAUAUUUUUGUGAUGAAUAAACUUGAUAU